AUGGUCCUGCCUACCGGGACAUCGCCUAGACCAUUUCGGCACAAUGGACAGAUGGAGGAAUAUGUUGAUCUGCUCCCCUACAACACAUUUCACAUUGCAUCGACAGCUCGAUACUUUGUUCGUGUGCAGCAUCCGGAUCAGCUAGAGGCAUUGGUGCACUCGCCCAUAUUUCAGACUCGACCCCAUUUCGUCCUGGGUGGUGGUAGUAAUAUUCUAUUCGCCAAUGAUACGUACGAGGGCAUCGUGCUGAAAAACGAAACCAGCGGGAUAGAAAUUGUCUAUCAGGAUGAGGAGCACACAACGCUUCGCGUUGGUGGCGGGGUCGCUUGGGCAGCACUGGUCUCAUACUGCCUCGACCAUGACCUUGGGGGACUUGAAAAUCUGGCCCUUAUCCCAGGCACGGUUGGCGCAGCACCGAUACAGAAUAUCGGGGCGUACGGUGUGGAACUCAGCGAUGUGCUGGAAAGUCUGUGCGCAAUCGACUUGAUUACUGGAGCCAGACGACAGAUGUCCAAUGCGGAGUGCCAGUUCAGCUAUAGGGACAGCGUGUUUAAACAUACUUUACAAUAUGUCUUCAUUGCAAGUGUUACGUUAAGACUCACCAAUCCUGGCAACCAUCGACUGAACACGACAUAUGGCCCAAUUCGACGCAUUCUGGAAAACCGGGGAGUGCAAGUCCCCACGAUCCAGUCAGUUGCAGAAGCUGUGUGUCUGCUACGCAGGAGCAAGUUGCCUGAUCCAGAGUUGCUCGGCAAUGCGGGCAGUUUCUUCAAGAACGCAGUCGUCGACCAGCUUGCGUACGACGCUCUGCAGGCGGUUCACCCUACCAUCCCUGUCUUUUUGAGGGCAAAUGGCUCGAAAGUGAUCCCAGCAGCUUGGCUAAUUGAGAGAUGCGGCUGGAAGGGAAAGAGAAUCGGCCGCGUGGGAGUGUAUGACCAGCAUGCUCUCGUCCUAGUGAACUACGGCAGCGCGAAUGGCUUUGAUGUCCUGGAAUUUGCCAGUCGAAUUCGGGAGGAUGUGAUGGGCCGAUUCGGCAUUUGGCUUGAGUUUGAAGUAAGGAUCGUCACAUAAGUUGCGAUGAGCAAGAAAUCAGUUGGCCCAGACGGAAGUAUGAGACCCAUAAGAGUGAAUGACAAGGGAUCCGUGGUUGCGGGGAAAACGUGACGAAAUCCAGACGAUCUUGACAGAUUACUUGGAAUUGUGCAUGCAGAAUAGAAUACCUCUCUAUGUGUCCACAGCAGGACAAUGGCAUAUGUGGAGGAGUAAGUAUGAUGCAAUGGCAAUUAGAGCGAUUGCUCUGUAUACGUGCAUCAGGAUGG